AUGGACCGAUUAUGCGACUACAUCGACGAUAAAGUCGACGAUGGGACUUUUCUUCCAUUUAUAUAUGGGGCACAUUUAUUCAUGCGCCGACUUGGAUCUAUGUUAGUAUAUUUUGUCUACUUAAUCUCAUUCUUUCUUGCCGCUACGUCCUUCUUCAUUAUUCUUCCAUAUGAGCAAAUCUACAAAUCAAAAUACCUUCUAUUUGCCCUGUCCAUAAUGGGUCUCUAUUUCUUGAUCAACAUUCAGUUUCACUACUAUAAAGCUCGAACAAUUCCCCCAGUAUUUAAUCCAGGGGAGGAAGGUGACGCAUUUUGUGAAAAGUGCAAUUACUUCAAGAGCGAGAAAACGCAUCACUGCUCAGUUUGUCAGAAAUGCGUUCUUGGAAUGGAUCAUCAUUGCAUUUGGAUCAAUCAAUGCGUCGGUUCUCACAAUCAUCGUCAUUUUUUUCUUUUCAUAUUGAAUCUUGCAUUUGCAUCAGCAACUAUUCUCAUUGCUGGGUUUCCUUCUCUCUACGAUCAUAUAUUCAUUGAUACUGCCGAACAUAGCUAUUGCACGGAAGUUUUAUCAUAUGCUCCACUUCAAGGGUACAUUUGUGAUUAUGAUGGUUUCGCCAAAACAUCAAUAAUAUUCUGCUAUUUACUUAGUGCGGUUCUUUUUAUUAUGGUUGGAGGACUCACGCUUUGGAAUGUUUACCUUAUUUCGCAUGGGUUCACUUAUAUCGAUUACUUGCGGGAGAACGAUAGAAAAAAACGCCCAGCUUCUCGAAAUCGAAUAAACAAAGGGUUCAAGAGUAACUGGAAAAACUUCUUAGGACUCCGACGAAAUCGAUCCUUUUUCCAAUGUGUCAUCCUUCCAACAAGCUUACCACCAAUUACUUAUGACCAAAUUUGCAAGAAUGAUUCAUACGAUAUUGUUUAA